UAGUGUACAGGGGUCGAUACUACGGUGAGUGUCCAAUUCAACAUGGAAAGGCUAAAACAACAGACUAGCUGCUAGCUCAAUACAAGCCGCUCAAUAACGUCAACUGGCAUGGAAACAUCAUAGCAUGUAGUAGUAUUUUGUGUGUUCAGUGCCCCUGUGUUAUUCAGAUUUAUUUACACCGUAGGGCUUUCGGCUAAUUCACACAAUGAAAUGGCUGGGGUUAUUCGCAAUGGCUGCGAUGACUUUUGGACUUGGAGCAGAUAUGCAAGAAGCUCAGAAGUCAAGCUCUUUGGCAGUGGUUUGAAAGUAGCGCACUUCCACCCAAACUGGAGCAGCGGCACGGCGGGUGUUCGCGGCACGCGCAUCCUCAACAACAGCCGCUACUACUGGGAGCUGCGCGUGUCGCCCCGCAUAUUCGGCACAAGCAUGAUGUUCGGCAUCGGCACGAAGAAAGCGCGUCUGCACGUGCAACACUUCAUCAACCUGCUGGGCGAAAACGAGCACAGCUGGGGCCUGUCGCACAAGGGCCUGCUCUGGCACAACGGCCAGUGCUCGCACUACACGCGGCCCUUCCGCGAGAACGAGGCCACCACCGUCGGCAUUCUCUUCGACGGCAUCGAGGGCACGCUCACCUUCUACAAGGACGGCGAGUGCCUCGGAGUCGCCUUCGAAGGCCUCAACCUGGUGCGCGAGCCUCUCUACCCGAUGGCUUCGUCGACGGCCGCCAAAACCGAAAUGACUCUCGUCUACAUGAAGCGCGACUUCGUCAACCUGCAGGACCGGUGUCGCGCCGUCAUACUCGAAAAGUACAAAACUGAGUCGGAGGUCAGGUCCCUCAUGCUGCCUCCGCUUAUCAAAUCAUAUCUCACCGAAGCUAUGCACAGGACAGUGUAUCCAGUGAAAAAAGCUAAUAUACUAAAUAUAUAGAAACAUAAAGACCAGGGUAUCAAAAAAAAAUCAUUCCCAUUAUCAGUGCACAUGACAGUGUAUCAAGUGGAAAAAGAUAAUAUACUAAUUAAUAAGAACAUGAAAACUUGUAGUACCCUUUAUUAUUUAAAAUAUUACAACGACUAGUUUCGACCAUAACUUAGGUAAUUUUCAAGUUGAAAUGUUGAAAUGUAAUAAAGGGUACGAUAUGAACAUAUGCUUAUUUUCAUAUGAUUAAUUUAUUUCUAUUCAUUAUUUUUUGGGUUGAAGUUAUUAUUUGUUUAUUUAUUUUCCACAUUUCGACUUGAAAAUGACCAAAGUUAUGGU